AUGAACGGCGACGGGCAUUCCAUGCUUGAAGAUCAAAGGGAAACACAGACUUCUGUUCUUGCGGUUGUUGAUACAGAGAAAAAAUUGUUGGCCUCAAUCUAUUCAAAAGGUCUUUUACAUAGUGACACUAUAGAGCUAUAUCACAAUGUCCGGGCUGGUUACGAGGAAAUCAUUUUGAACAAUCAUCAGUUGGUGGAACUUCAGGAAGUGGAAUAUCUUUUGUGGAAGCUACAUUAUAAGCACAUUGACGAAUUUCUUUGUCUUGGGGAUCUUGCUCGAUACACCGAGCUUAUCAAGAAGCCUGAUGCCUGUAACUGGUCAACUGCUGCAACCUACUACCUAGAAGCAACCAGGACCAGGCCAGAUAGUGGGAACCCCCAUAAUCAGUUGGCAUUGUUGGCAACAUAUGUUGGUGAUUCUUUCCUUGCUUUGUACCAUUGUAUAAGAAGCUUGGCAGUUAAAGAGCCAUUUCCCGAUGCCUGGAAUAAUCUCAUGCUACUCUUUGAAAAGAACAGAUCAUCUCAUUUGCAUUUACUUUCAAGGGACGCGCACAUUGAUUUCUUAAAUCCAUCAGAAAGAUGUUCCUUGCAGAAUUCAUCACAAGCAGAGUGUGUUCCAGAUAACAGUAACAUGGAAGACAUGGAUAACGUUUCUUCUGGAGAAUUACACUUAUGGCUCAUGUUUGUUAGGAUGAUAAGCUUCUUUUUAGUAAAAUCAAGUUUGGAAGAUUUUCCAUGUGCUCUUGCUUCCUUCAUUAGCAGGUUGGAAGCACUUUUGGCAUUAGAUAAUGCAGAACUCAAAGCCUCUUUGGAAUCUUACCAACAGGUAGAUUCAUCGAGAAGAGGCCCUUACCGUGCUGUUCAAUUUGUCUGCAUAUUGAUCUUUGUCACUAAUAGCCUGACUCAAAGCCUGGAAACAAAGGAAUCAACAGAGAGAUUUGAAACCGAGUCAUCUGCACAGACACAAUUGGCAUUGGCUGCUACCUUUAUUUGCAUGGGUCGGGUUACUGAGAGAUGUCUGAAGGGAGACGCAAAUGAAAUUUGCCCACUAUUGCCAGCCGUGCUAGUGUUUGUAGAGUGGUUAGCUGGCAUCCUUGAUAGAGCUGAAGCACAUGCAGCUGAUAAAAGGGUUAUGAGUUCUAUAUCCUACUUUUUUGGUGCUUUGGUCGAUUUCUUGAACCAAUUUGGUCGAAAUGAGAGCGAAAUUACACAAGAGAAUACUGCUCUCUGGGAAGAUCAUGAGUUGAGAGGUUUUCAUCCAGUGUCUCAUGCACAUGCAUUGCUGGAUUUCACAACUGACAAAGAAUGCAUGGCCAAUUUUGACAUUAGGAAUCCAAGUCGUUUUUCUCGUAUCUUUGAUGCUGCAAUGACAAUUGUGCACAGGUCCAAUAGUACUAUAAAGUGGAUCUUAUAUGAUCAAGUGGGAAGAAAGUUUGGUACAGGAAUGUUUGUGAAAAAUCUAGAUGAAGGAGAAAUAGAAGUAGCCUCAUCUACUUCCAGUAUCAAUUCCGAAGUGCCUUCUCAGAAGACUGAGAGAUCCAUAGAAGGGGUGGAGGACACUAUCCCCGCCGACGACCCUAUUGACCAAGCAAAAAAAUCUUGUUCUUUUAGAUCCAAAAAUGAUGAUUGUGAUGUAUUGGAAUCUUUGCCCGAGCAAAGUCAAGGUCGCCACGGUCAUAAUAGCCAACCUACGACCACUGAUGACGAAGAAGUCAUUCUCUUCGAGCCCAUAACUAGACAUAACUCAGUGCCAAUAUAUUCUGAUGUUUCUGGUUAUCUAAAUUCUUUAGAUCGUGCAAAUGUACAGACAACACUUCCUGAUGAAUGGUUACGCCGCUCUACAUCGUUGUCUAUUGGUCAAAGUUUGGCACAGACCGAUGCAUUCAAACAGCGUGAGCCUCCUUUGAAGGAAUCGGCUGUUCAACCUGCUGGACCUCCGUCCCUCAGUGCUUGGGUCCUUAGUAAAGAUAGUUCGUACAUCGAAAGAGAGAGAGGGCAGAAGGACCUCAGGAAACAAGAAUUGAGCCCUAUUGAGGAAAUAGCUUCUACAUCAUUUACAAAUCUCUCUAUCAAUGAAACUAAGGAUUCCGAGGUGGCGUCAGGACAUGUUUCACCAAUUACCCAUAACUAUCCUCCUUAUAUUGCUCCUUUGCCUUCAGCACCAUUAAUACCUGAUGAUGCUGUUUGGUUCACGGGGAGUUCAUUGAGUUCUCCCGAGUACAGGAGUCCAGUAGGAAAUGAGGCAGAUGGUAUUCUUGGCGCAGCACCAAAUACUGGAUGCCCAAGUCGAUCUGCAGUUCGACUAUUUGAUGGAUACCCACCACUCCUUGGGAUGAGUUCCUCUGAAUGGCUGUAUCACUACAGAAACAGUCACAAUAUAGAGCAUGCCCAUAAUCACACAUCACCAGUUCACUUCAAUGCACCAACCCUAGGAAGUUUUUACCCAAACGAGGUUUCAAGAUUUGAUUUCUAUGAUCAGUGGGGAAAUCAUUUGGCUCCAAAUCCGAUGAUUUAUAUGGGGAACACACAAUUGCAUGCGAGCUCGUCUCAUUUUUAUGGUUCAGAUGAACAAAGAAGGGACAUGCCGUUUCUUGGAAACCAAAGAUCGUUCCCUUACGUAGGUGGUGUUGGUACAGACCUAAGAUCCGAGCAACCCCCAUUAUUGCAGGUUUGCUUCACUUCUGCAUCUAAAUAUUCUGAGGGACGGAAUGCUGAUGAAAGUAGAAAAAGAGAAUACAGUCCACACAAUGCCGACGAGGAUUUUGAAGAACCAGAAGAUCCGGCUUAUGAGAUGGCUGAGAAGACUAAAGAACGGGCAGAAGAAAUGAAGGAUAAAGCAAAGAACCGGGCGGAGAAGGCAGCCGAGAAGGCCAAAGAAGCAAAGGGCCGGGCGGCUGAAACUGCAUACGAGGCUAAAGAGAAGGCGAAAGAGAAAGCUGAUGACUUAAAGGAGAAGUCUAAGGACACAGCAGGUACUGUGGCCGAUAAGGCCUACGAGACAAAAGAGAAAACCAAGGACGCUGCUGGGACAGUCGCUGAUAAAACAAAAGAAUAUGCAUACGACGCAAAAGAGAAGACCAAGGACACUGCCGGAACUAUGGCGGACAAGACGAAAGAAUAUGAAUACGAUGCAAAGGAGAAGACUAAGGAAGCGGCCGAGACUGUGACUGAUAAGACCAAACAAGGAGCACAAAAGGCAGCCGAGACAGCGCAAGGUUUAGGAGAGAAGGCUAAGCAAACUAUGGAAGAAGCUUGGGGGGCUGCUAAGGAGACAGGCCAGAAGAUUAAGGAGACCGUGGUUGGAAAAUCCGAUGACAAGAAAGAAUCUGUUGACGAUUUUAUUGAAGAUCAUGUAAGGAAGCCAACGAGAGAGCACGAGAAAGAUACAGAGUUUAGGCCUCAAGCAGGAGCUGGUGAUAAGAAGAAACAUUAA